AUGGAGACCCUUCUCUCUCCUCGUUCUCUCUCUCCUCCUCUCAAUCCGAAACUAUCAUCACCUCAUCAAACCAAACUCACUUCUUCUUCCUCUUCCUUGUCUUUCUCAAAUCCCACCUUCUCCGGUCCAAAACACCUCUCAACCCGGUUCUCUAAACCGGAAUCUUGGAUAACAGAAGCAAAGCAAGGACUCGCUGCUCUAUCUCUCUCUCUAGCUCUCAGUUUCUCACCAGUCGGGACUGCUUUAGCCUCUGAGUUUAAUAUUCUCAACGAUGGUCCACCAAAAGAAACUUACGUAGUCGACGACGCUAAUGUUCUUAGUCGAGUCACAAGAUCAGAUCUGAAGAAGCUUUUGUCUGAUCUUGAAUACCGGAAAAAACUCCGACUUAACUUCAUCACUGUCCGAAAGCUCACAAGUAAAGCAGAUGCGUUUGAGUAUGCAGACCAGGUUUUGGAGAAAUGGUAUCCAUCGAUUGAAGAAGGUAACAAUAAAGGUAUUGUUGUUUUGAUCACAAGCCAGAAAGAAGGAGCCAUUACUGGUGGUCCAGCUUUUAUCGAAGCUGUUGGUGAAAAGGUUCUUGAUGCUACAGUUUCUGAAAAUCUUCCCGUACUAGCGACGGACGAGAAAUACAAUGAAGCGAUAUAUAGCAGCGCGAAACGGUUGGUUGCAGCGAUAGACGGGCAACCGGAUCCGGGUGGUCCAGAAGUGAAAGAUAACAAGAGAGAAUCAAAUUUCAAAACAAAAGAAGAAACCCAAGAGAAGAGAGGACAAUUCAGUCUUGUGGUUGGAGGUUUGCUUGUAAUUGCCUUUGUUGUUCCAAUGGCACAAUACUAUGCUUAUGUCUCCAAGAAGUAG